CAGUAAGGGCACGGCUCACCGACGGUGAGGACGACAACAUGGCGGCCUCCUUGCGUCUGGGUCGUCAAGGAAUUUUAUUUGGCCUCAGACUAUCUAAUUUAAUAAAUGUUUGUGGGCCGACAAACCCAUGGCAGGAGCAAGUCAGACACUUCUUUCAGUCGCCGUGGUUCCUCGGUGUCACCCCACUCAAAGUGCAAAUGCCUGCCCUCUCCCCCACCAUGGAGGAGGGAAACAUAGUCAAAUGGCUAAAGAAAGAAGGUGAGGCAGUGGCAGCAGGCGAUGCUCUUUGUGAGAUUGAGACUGACAAGGCUGUUGUUACAAUGGAAUCUAAUGACGACGGCAUCUUGGCAAAGAUCUUGAUGGAGGAGGGCAGUCGCAAUGUACGCCUGGGCACUCUCAUUGCCCUCAUGGUGGAGGAAGGGCAGGACUGGAAGCAGGUUGAGAUCCCCCCUCCAGAUGCAGCAGCUCCAUCUGCAGCUCCGCCUGCUACACAUGCAACCGCUGCUCCAGUUGUGCCUCCUGCUGCUCCACCUCCUCCACCAAAACCAGCUACGUCAGGACCCUUACGUCUGAGUCCGGCAGCGAGACACAUCCUGGAUACCCAUGGUAUAGACCCAAAACUGGCCACACCCACUGGACCAAGAGGACUUAUCACCAAGGAAGAUGCAUUGAAUCUUUUGAAGACAUCUCCUGCCCCCAAAAUAACACCUGCCAUGGCUGCCCCGGCUGCCCCGAGUCCUGUUCCCACCCCGGCUGCUGCUCCUCCACCCCCAGGCAGCAGACCCAACAUACCUCCUCUCUCUGUACCAGGGAAGCCAGGCACACCAGGCACCUUCACAGAGAUCCCAGCCACAAAUGUCCGCCGUGUGAUUGCUCAAAGACUAACGCAAUCCAAGACCACUAUCCCCCAUGCGUAUGCCUCAGUUGACUGCGACAUGGCUGCCGUCAUGCAGCUCCGCAAAGACUUGGCCAAAGAACAGAUCAAAGUGUCUGUUAAUGACUUCAUUAUCAAGGCAGCUGCUGUUACACUUAAAGAAAUGCCAGAAGUAAAUGUGACCUGGUCUGGUGAUGGACCCCUUGCACUUGAUUCAAUCCACAUUUCAAUCGCUGUGGCGACUGACAAAGGUCUCAUUACCCCAAUCAUCAAGGAUGCUGCGAACAAAGGAGUCCAGGAGAUCUCAGCUAAUGCUAAGGCGUUGGCCCAGAAGGCUCGAGAUGGGAAACUUCUACCUGAGGAGUACCAGGGAGGCUCAUUCAGUAUAUCUAACCUAGGGAUGUUUGGUAUCAGUGGCUUCAGCGCCGUGAUCAACCCUCCUCAGGCUUGCAUCCUCGCCGUCGGUACCUCCAGGGCCGAGCUGCGACUGCGCGAGGAUGACCAGACCCUGCACACCCAGCAGCUGAUGACGGUUACACUGUCCAGUGAUGGACGGCUAGUGGAUGACGAGUUAGCCUCACGAUUUCUUGAUAAAUUCCGCGCCAACCUAGAACAACCACAACGCAUGGUUCUAGCCUGAAUAACAAAGAGAGAUAGCAGUAUGAAAGCAACUGGAUAGACAAAGCAAGAAACACCUGCAUGACAAAGCCUGUCUCAUGCUUUCACAAGCAGAGCGCUCCUAAAAAGUUUAUUCCUGUUCACGCUUGGAUUAAGGCUUACAGAGUAGUCUUGUACAUAGUGUAAACUUCAGUCUGUGGCUCCCUUCUGACAGAUAAUUACCAGGCUUUGUGAUGGAGGAGUUACAGUGGGCUUCUGCUAGAGUGGUACAGGAUUCUAGCAGCGGUGCCAAAUAUUACCAAGGCAGAGAUGGCAUGGCAGGGUUCAUCCCACAUACUUUUAAUAGGGAUGGUUGUUCUAUCACACAAGUGUUGUACAUAUUCAGAGUGGUUAUUCCUAUUCAAGUUCUAUUUUUCAGCACCAGUCCAUCUAUUCUGUGUCAUUAUUAAUACACAUGAAAUAGUACAUGGGACUGUAAAACCUCCUAUGUACAUAAAUGUUUGUCAGAAAUAUUUAUUGCUAAACAUCAUUGGCAAUGCAGUGUGUGUAAACCCUCACACUAUUUCCUGUUAUGAAAUUCAAAAUAAUUCAGGAACAUAAUUAAUUGUUUAUGUUAAUAUGUUUUAACUUAUUUAAAACAGAUGCAUUGACAUCCCUAAAAACUAAUCUCUGAAGUCAUGUGUAAACAGAAUAAAUACAAUCAUUUAGGUUUUGGUCUCUUUAGAUGCCAAUAAAACACACUGUUCAACCGUCA